CCACGAAGGGCAUUUAUGUCUUUUCACGACCUUCCUCCCCACAAAAACAAUCCCCAAAUCCUGCAAAACCCUAAUCCACAAACAUCCAACAGGGAAUCACUCGCAGCGGCAUCCCACAGACACGCCAUGGGUCUUCUCUCUUGGUUCAGAGGCUCUCCCAAACCUCAAUCCCAGCCCAAGCCCUCCAACGCGUCGACUGCUCCGAACUCGCCCUCCGAAGCUCCGGGCAUGAACGGCGCCGUCGAGGUCCCCCGGCCGGCCGGCGUCACCGUCUUCGAGUUCGGGUCCGUCGCCGCCACCGCCGACAAGGUCACCCUCGCAGGGUACUGUCCCGUCUCCGACGACCUCGAGCCCUGCCGCUGGGAGGUCCUCCCGGCGGCCGGCUCCGAUGCGCCGCAGUUUCGCGUGGUCUUCUGAGAGGAGGAGGAAAGCAACCCGCUUUUGGGUGUCCUGCUUUGUACAAUAAGAGUGUGAAUUGUUGGGAUUGUCGUUCGAUGUCUGGGAUUGAGGGGUAAAAGAUAUGAUUUUUGCUUUUAUAUAGAUGACGACUGUUGAGGAUGAUGAUUCAUAUGA